AUGAAGUUUUCUUCGCUCAUCUCUGCAGCUGCCCUCACCUCGGCCGCUAUCGCUAAAGAUGUUUCCUGCCGUGUCAAUGGCCAGGAGGUCGCCCAGGUUGACUUGGACACCGGUGACUGUCCUUUCUCCAUCCCAAGCGAGCUUCCUGUGACCUUCAGAUUCGACGCUGAGGAUGACUACGAGGUUGACGCCUACUACGUCCAGGCUGAGCAGAAGUACUGGAACGACAUUGAGAACGCCGGUAGAACCGUUGACGUUCCUGCUAAGGAGUUGUACGGCAAGGAGGCCACCGACUUGUACCACGUUCACGCUGAGGAGUCUCCAUCCUCCAACUCUACUGCCGCCUUGAGAAGAAGAUUCAACGCCCAGAUCUUGCAGGCCAGAGACGAGAAGGAUGACCUUAUUGCCUCUAUCAAGAACCAGGACGGUGAGUCUUCCUCUGUCACUGUUGAGGUUGUCGACAUUGACGCCCCAACCACCAGCCCAGCUCCAUCUGAAUCCACUGCCACUGAGACCAACACCGAGACUACCCUCAUCACCGUCACCUCUUGCGAGGACGACAAGUGCCACGAGACCACCGCUUCUGCUACCUGGGGUCCAACCACCACUACUGUUGACGGUACCAAGACUGUCUACACCACCUGGUGCCCUGUUGUCACUGAGACUAACACCCACACCACCAUUGUGACUGUCACUUCUUGCGAGGACGACAAGUGCCACGAGACCACCGCUUCUGCUACCUGGGGUCCAACCACCACUACUGUUGACGGUACCAAGACUGUCUACACCACCUGGUGCCCUGUUGUCACUGAGACUAACACCCACACCACCAUUGUGACUGUCACUUCUUGCGAGGACGACAAGUGCCACGAGACCACCGCUUCUGCCACCUGGGGUCCAACCACCACUACUGUCGACGGUACCAAGACUGUCUACACCACCUGGUGCCCUGUUGUCACUGAAACUAACACCCACACCACCGUCGUGACUGUCACCUCUUGCGAGGACGACAAGUGCCACGAGACCACUGCUCCAGCCACCUGGGGUCCAACUACCACCACUGUCUCUGGUGAGAAGACCAUUUACACUACCUGGUGCCCAGUUGAGAGUGCUCCAGCUGAGACUCCAGCUGAGCCAGCUCCAACCACCAAGGCCGGUGAGACCACCCCAGCUCCAGAGCAGCCAGCUCCAUCUGCUCCAGCUCCAUCUGGCGAGGCUCCAGCUCCAGCUCCAUCUGGUGAGGCUCCAGCUCCAGCUCCAUCUGGCGAGGCUCCAGCUCCAGCUCCAUCUGGUGAGGCCCCAGCUCCAGCUCCAUCUGGCGAGGCUCCAGCUCCAGCUCCAUCUGGUGAGGCCCAGCUCCAGCUCCAUCUGGCGGCCCCAGCUCCAGCUCCAUCUGGCGGUGAGGCCCCAGCUCCAUCUGGUGAGGCCCCAGCUCCAACUGACGAGGCUCCUGCUCCAGGUGAAUCCACUGUGGCUGGUCCAUCUACUUUGGUGUCUACUCCUGGUGGCGCUGCUCCAACCGAGUCUGCCAUCUCCUCCUACGAGGGUGCUGGUGCCGCUGUCAAGGGCUCUUUGCUCGCUUUGGCUGCCAUCCCUCUUGCUUACGUCUUGUAA